CAAAGCAAAGUCAGAUUUGGGGAUCACCACUUUAAAUUUCAGUCUUUUAUUUUCCAGUUUAUUUUCUGUACCGUACAGUGUUUAGAGAUUCCUAAUCUCAGGCACUAAUUAAUCAAGUUUAAGGAUAUUUUCUAUAUCUUUGAAUUUUACUUUAUUUUUGUUGAAAAAUUACAUCAACAAAUUGGCGACCACAGUGGGAGAAAAUUGCUGAUCCAUAUGGCAAAUUUUCAAUUCCACAGUACAGCCGUUGGCUUUAUCACGGCAGAAGAAGCUUCCCAACUACGGGCCGAAUUGACAGCAGGUUUUCGGCAAAUGUACGACCAGCAGAUAGCAAAUCUGCAGGCAAUACAUGACGCAAUGCAAAACUUGAUGGAGCAAUCAAAAUUCAUGUUGAAUUCGGUUCCUGCACCGCCAGAAAUGUCAUGCCCCCAAACGGACAACGCCAUUCCUGAGCAUAUACCCAGUCAGACAGACUGGAGACAGGACCAAACAGGAGGACAGGCCCGACCAGGGACGACCGAAUGGACGGAGACAGGUCGGCAGGAUCACGACGCCUGGACGGACCAUGAUCGGGAAGACCACGUCGACUGGACGGACAAAAAUCGGGAGGACUACGUAACCUGGACGGAUACAGGUCAGGAGGACCCCGCCGAAUGGACGGAUACAGGUCAGGAGGACCCCGCCGAAUGGACGGAUACAGGUCAGGAGGACCCCGCCGAAUGGACGGACACGGGUCAGGUCGCCGACCAUAACUUUUCAGGCGAGCAAAAGAAUGACAGAACAACAGUGGCCGAAAGGAGGAAUAAGUCGGACGGGAGUCUGAAUACAAUGGUAGUGCAAGAUCGACCAACGUCCAGGCCAGCACCAGUCCGCGAUAAAUGGAGGUCGGGUCCAACGUAGCCUCAAAGGAUGGAGGUCAGAUCUGAGGCUGACGUAGCCUCGGAUGCUAACCUACUAACUCCUAAAACAUCAUAAGAAAUGAUGCUUAGGAGUCUUGAGGAGGAGGC